UUUUCAAUUAGUUUUAUUUUAUAAAUCAUCAGGAAUACAUAGAAAAUUUUUUCAUAUCUGCCCACUUCGUAUCCGUUAGGGAAAAUUUAUGAUUUAUCACGUUAAAAAUAAUAAAAAAAAAAAAAGAAAAAAAAAAGAGACAAAGACAAUUAUACAGAGAAAAGAAAAAUCAGUAGAAAUAGUGGAAGAAGCAGCAGUAGCAGCAACAACGUUAAUAUUACAACAGACAUUUUUUUCCUAUUUGCGUCAUUUGUGUUAGUGUUUAGGUCCGACAAGCAAUGACCAUUAAACCAGUGAUAGCACCUUCACCGAAACGUGGUGGAGUAGGUAGUGGCAGCGCGACGACAGAGGGCGAGAAAAAAGAAUCGCACCAGAAUUCCGUUGUAGGGAACGAGACUGGACCAACUAUUGGGCACGGUCAACAGUCACGCACAAAUGUCAGUCACAGUCAUCGUAAUGUGGUAAUUGAUAACCAUGGGCAAAGCCCUCAACGACGCGGAGAUGUGUAUGACGAAUUAACACGUCAUCGUCGCAGUCCCCACAAGACACCACGCUCAAAACGCCGUGAUCACCAUAACGAUCAUCAUCAUAAGCGCGAACGCAAUCACGUAGAUAAACUUUCGAAUGUUGUAUCCGUAGGUGGGGUAACAAAAUCUAAUAGCCCUCUUAGCGCAGGCAAUAGUUCUGCUGUUCCAGGAGCGGUAACUGGAUGCAAUAGUCCCGUAAACCAUGUGUCAACAACUGGCAAUAAAUCGCCGGAACAUCUUAUGUUAGGCUCGCAAAGUCCACAAAGUCAAUCAUCUGCUGUAACCCAGGCGGCUACUAAUUUAUUAAAGGCCACGGAGGAUACCUAUUCGGGCUAUAAUUCCGGCGAUGAGCAUUUACAGCCAAAAGAAGGUCUUAUCACACCUGAUGAAUGGCAGAAACGUGAUGAGCAAUUCGCUAAAUGUAUGGCGGAUCGUGGUUAUAUACUUAAGCCUGUGGAAGAAGAUGGUGCUUGUCUUUUUAGAUCGAUUUCUCUGCAAAUAUACGGUGAUGAAGAAAUGCACGAUGUCAUCCGGCAGCAUACUAUGGAUUAUAUUUAUAAAAAUCGUGAAUACUUUAGUCAGUUUGUUACCGAAGACAUUAAUAAUUAUAUUAAACGUAAACGACGUCAAGAUUCUCAUGGCAAUCAUAUUGAGAUACAAGCCAUAUCCGAAAUUUAUAGUCGUCCAGUUGAAGUUUACUCUUAUAAGCCAACUCCAAUAAAUAUAUUCAAUUCGGAACAAUUAAAUAACGGUUAUGCUCCUUUGCGCUUAUCUUAUCAAAGAUGUUCUCAUUACAAUGCCAUCAUUGAUCCAUAUAAUGCGACAGUUGGCGUCGGCUUGGGCUUAGCUGGUUAUAAACCUGAGCUUCAAACUAAAGAUGCAUUACGGCUUAGUGAGCAACUUGAAAUAGAGCAGACAAUGUUUGAGGAUAAACUUAAAACCACAGACUGGGAGGCUACUAAUGAAGCAAUUGAAGAACAAAUUGCUCGCGAAUCCUAUUUACAGUGGUGUCGUGAAAACUUACAAAAAUCACGAAAUGCCAGUGCUACCACACCUUCUACAUCGGCGACCGUUACCUCGGGAGAAGCUGCCUCCGAUACUAACGCGUCACCCUCGAAAUAUGCUGCACAUAAUUCUUCUUAUGUAGUAGAUGAAACAGAUAAUAAAGAAUGCAGUACUAUUACCACCGGUGCGUCUAUUACCCCUGCUAGUUCCUCUGGCUCAGGCUCUUGUACUAAUUUAUCAGCAAAUUCGUUGAAUACAUUUGUCACUCUUUCGCCUAAAUACUUAAAUAAUUUAGGCCAUUUGAAGAAAGAGGAUGUAAACGGUGGCUUCGAAAGUGAUGAUACAGACAUGAGUAGUACUAGUUCCCUUACUGGAGGCAGCGUUUCACCCUCAAAUAGUUUACGAGGUAAAAAAAACAAAACGCGUAACAUUACUACUAACACUGCUACAAAUUUAAGAAGUACGAAAAAGCGACGGCGUGAAUUAACAAACAAGAGCAGCGAAGACGAGGUGAACUCGUCGUCUAAGAGCCCUAAAAUUGAUGUUUUAAGAAACGCCAUACGUUCCUUAACACCGGACUUUGAACAGCAACAGCCAUGCACCUCAAAACAAUCCAAUACAUCCGAAAAACAACGCCUCAGUUGCACUGCCAACGCAGCAACAACAGCUGAUAAACCUUUUUCUAGUUUUUACCAGGAGCUUUUGGAAGCCUCUUAUGGUUUUGGCCAAUUAACCGAAUCUGAAAUGCUACAACAAGCGAUACAAAUGUCUACGCAAGAUUAUAUUGAAGAUCAGAAACGAAAAUAUUUAUAUGGACCAUAAGUUGUUCUCUUAAUUUUCUCAAAGAAACAAAAAAAAAAAAAAACAAAAAAGAAACAAAAAAAAAAAAAAUGCUUAACCUACUUACUAUAAAUUACUUAUGUAAUUUACACUAAUUGCAUUAUUAU